AUGGCUACGGCAGCAUGGUAUCAUCGUGACAUCAGCCGUGUGCACGCAGAGGACUUACUGGCACGGGCUGGCAGGGAUGGCAGCUACCUAGUGAGAGACAGCGAGUCUGUGCCAGGAGCCUAUGCGUUGUGCCUGCUGUUCCAACGUCAUGUUCACACCUAUCGUAUUCUUCCGGAUGCAGACGGCCUUCUAGCGGUUCAGACAACACAGGGGGUGCAGGUGAACUGUUUCCGGACCCUGGAGGACCUGGUGUUGGGGUACCAGCAUCCCCACAAAGGCCUCGUCACGCCUCUGCUCUACCCCGUUCCCCGUGAUACAGACACAGGGGACGAGAGCUCUGAUGACGAGAAGCCUCCUCCAGCUCCAGCCCCUGUCAACACAGGCCUUUCAUCGGGACCACCAGCUAAAACAGGCCCUCCUGCCCCAUUCCUGGAUAAAUUACAGGAACUGAACACAUCCAGCACUGCGGGUGAUGUGAUGGGUCUGCUCAAUGACUACCUCUUCAGUGAGCUGCCUCUCGACAUUGAGAAUGUGCAUAAAGGGGCAACAACUCUAUGCCACCUCAAGCGUACUCUGGGUACUGCCUGCCAAGGCCUGAACAGUGAGAUCGACCUGACUCUCUCAAGUCUGGAAACCCUGGCCAAGGUCUUCGACCAUCCUAGCUGCUCUUUAACACACACCAAAGCACAGGGUCCAGAAAUGGAGAUAGACACCUUAUUGAGUAAGAUUUCAGCAUUGGUCAGCCUCCUCUCGUCACUGGAGAAAAAGGUAUUAAAAGCGCUACAAGAUGCGGUGACCAAUCAUAAUCUGGCAGUGCAGCCUAAUCCGCUCCCGCCUGAACCAGUACUUACCAACACACCACCUGUAAGGAACCAUGCCAGACAGAUGCCAGUCCACUCCUUCCAGGUAAAGAUGGUGAGGUAUGGCCGACAGACUGUUUCUGUUGAUGUGGACACAGGAGUUCUGCUUUUUGACAGGAAGGCUGGUUCAUUUGGCAUAGAGAGGGUCUCACAUGACAGAAUCCUUCAGAUUGUCAAGUUCCAGAGCAGUCCAGCCAAGGUACGCAUGGUGGUUGACAGCCACCACAACACACCCCGGGAGAUGACAUUUGAAAGUGCACGGAAACGUGACUCCUUCUGCCAGCUCUUCCAAAUGAUGAAAACCAGGCACUCUAAGCUGAGUGAACCUGACAUGGUCUCUGUGUUUGUUGGCACCUGGAAUAUGGGUGGUUCCCCUCCUCCUCGCAGCCUGCAGACGUGGGUGACGUGCUGUGGUUUGGGACACACCCCUGACGAGUCGAUCGCUUUGCUCCCUCAUGACAUCUACGCCUUGGGGACUCAGGAAAACCCUCAAGGGGAGAGAGAGUGGACAGAACAUAUCAAAGCAACCCUUCGCAGCUAUACUCACAUUGACUUCAAACAAGUGGCAGUACAGUCCCUCUGGAAUAUGAGGCUGGCUGUGUUUGUGAAGCCGGAGCAUGAGAGUCGCAUCAGCCAUGUGAACACAGCCAGCGUUAAGACUGGCUUGGGGAACACGUUGGGAAAUAAGGGAGCUGUUGGUGUCUCCUUCCUCUUCAAUGGAACAUCUUUUGGGUUUGUUAACUGCCACCUGACCUCUGGAAGUGAGAAAGUCCUGAGGAGGAACCAAAACUUUGUGGACAUCCUCAGGCUGCUCUCUUUGGGCGAAAAGCAGCUUGGUGCCUUUGACAUCAGCCUGCGCUUCACUCACCUCUUCUGGUGUGGAGACCUCAACUACAGACUCGACUUGGACGUGCAGGACAUCCUGAAACACGUGUCUAAGAGAGAGUUUGAGGAGCUCAUGUGUGCAGACCAGCUGACCCGAGAGAGACACAAAAGGAAGGCCUUCCUCAAUUUCAAGGAAGAAAAGAUUGCAUUUCCACCCACCUAUCGGUAUGAACGGGGCUCUAGAGACUGCUACCUAUGGCAAAAGUACAAGACUUCAGGGGUGCGAAUCAAUGUUCCAUCUUGGUGUGAUAGGAUUCUGUGGAAGUCCUACCCAGAGACGCACAUAAUAUGCACUGCAUAUGGUUGCACAGAUGACAUCUUCACAAGCGAUCACUCACCUGUUUUUGCCACAUUCGAAGUGGGAGUGACAUCACAGUUCAGUUCCAAAACAGAUCAAAAUCCAAGCAUGGAGAGGGCCUGGAUAGAGCUUGAGGGCAUGGAGGCCAUUGUGAAGACUGCAAGCAAAGCAAAGUUCUUCAUUGAAUUUCAUUCAUCUUGCCUUGAAGAGACUCGACGCUCAAGUGAGAAUGACACACAGGGCUGUGAUGUUCCUGGAUUUCUCAAGCUAGGCUGGUCCUUCAAACAACUGCCUAAGCUUCUUCCAAUCAUGUCUGACAUGGAGUACCUUCAAGAUCAGCACCUGCUGUUGUCGGUGAAGUCAUGUGACGGGUUUGAGUCAUAUGGUGAAUGCUGUGUGGCUCUGCACUCACUCACUGGUGCAUCAGAGCAGUUUGAGACAUUUCUGACUCACCGGGGUGAGGAGAUGGGUUCUAUAAGAGGACGGGUCAGGGUUCAUGUGCCCAAGGACAGGCGAGGAACGCGGGAGAAGAUCUAUGAGUUGUUCUGUUUUGAGAAAGAUGAUAAACGUCCUGGGAGGGGACACAUGUCUCCUGCAUCUACACGGGCCCCAAUAAAUAGGUCCUCUGCAGUUCCUCCGAAACUAACUCCGAGCAGCUACACCAAUCCUGCCUACUUCAUCUUCGAAGGCGUAUCAGUGCCACGCAGGGUGGAGGAGGCUCUCCCUCAGCAGAGGGACCCUCAGGUGAUCUGGUCCGGUAACGAGGCCUUGCAGCUCCCAAAAAUCUCAGGGCGUCAGGGCUUCGACAGGAGACCCUGUCGCAGGUCAGACUUUACAGAGAUUGAAAUUCCAGCCGUCCUGCCCCAGUACACUCCAACUAAUGACCUUCAUACACCACAAACCAACUCAUCCUACCAGCUUUUCCCUGCCAAAGACCCAUCUCCCAUAUCUCCACCCUCAAGUAAUGCUGUCUCACAGUACCAGGAACAGACUUCGCAACCCAGAGAUAAAUACCAAGGUAAAAAUAUUGUUCAAGACUCCAUACUGCCUGAAAAGAACCUGAGGAACUUGUAUAUGAAUCACUCAGCAAUCAUCAGGGAAAAAGCCAGAAGGGAUCAACAUCAGCUUCUCUCAGAGAGGACCAAUCCUAUCCGGGCAGCCAAGGCGCCAUCAGCUUUCCCCUACACCCCCACGCACUUAGCACACUGUCAGGCCUCCGCUCCUUGGAUAGUGGAUCAGCAGCCACCUGGGCCGACAGGGGAUAACUCUCUCACUGCUUUGCAAAUCGCCAAGUCCCUCAGCGAAGUUGACUUCUUUCCCACAGAGCAGAGAGGUCCAACCAUUCCCAACCAAAGACCAAGUUACAGAAAUGGCCCUUCAAUGCAUGGAGACAGAGGCUACAGCUGGGCGAAAGAGGUGUCCGUCCUCCAAGGUGCACCAGAAACGGUGCGGGAGCUUCUCAGUACUCUGGGUCUUCAGAAAUACACCCUGGGACUCAGCCUCAAUGGCUGGGAUGAUCUGGAUUACUUCAGUGGCAUCACUGAGGAGGAUCUACGUGCUGCAGGAGUGACGAACCCCUCACACCGACGCAGGAUCCUCGAGAACCUGCCCAGGAACUGGAACUGACGUGUGCAGAAAUGACAAACCUUGACGGUACGAAGCCUUGGGGCCUGCUCAGUUCGAACUGGAAUUACCGCUAGAAUUGAGAUCUGAAGGGAGGACGGAUUGAUCGGAUAUCAAUCGCAAACAGCUGGACUUUACCUCAGCCAUGCCAUCUUUGCAUUUACUCAAUCAAUACUGCAACAAUAGUUUUGUCUGUGUCAAUACAACAAAGGGAACAUAAUGCAGGAAGUACUUGUUGCGCAGUCAGCUUUAUUCAUCUAUCCAUCCUGACAGAUAAUCAAAGAGGUGGGUGAUAUGAAUAGAAACCCUUGAUAUGUAUCUUUAGUUACUGAAACAUACACAAAUGUUUAUCAUGGUAUUAAGGUGUCAUUGAUUUUGUUCUAAAUGAUUUUUAAAUGACUAUGAAAAUACAGCCCUUUAAUUUUCAGUGUUCACUCAAGGCUAGUGUUUACCAUUCACCUUCAUCCCUUCUACUGUGUGCUUUCCAUUAUUCUGCUAUUAUUGAGCCUGGACCUGAGCUUGUAAAAGCCCUCUAUUAAACCUAUGGAGCAUAAAAUCCAUAGCUGUACUUAUCUACUGGAACAUCGUCUGUAAAGUUGGCGUAGAAGGACCUGACAUAUCUCAUAUUGUUUACUGUCUCUUACUGUUGCUAUCAUGUCACUUAAUCAGCACCUAUGCCCACUGUGCAUGUUUUAUGCAACCUUUAUAGUAAAGUGAAGUGCAUAAAGCAACUCUUGACUGUCA